GGUGAUGUGUGAUCACUUCUCUAAACCAUUUUUUUUAGCAAUGUGCACGCGGGACCCACAAUUCUAUGCAAUGAGCAACACUUGGCCGAGGAAAGGGUCCCACAAGUGUCCAUAAAUAAUGACCCCUGGGAAGGGCAGGGAAGUCGUCACAAUACAAACUCUCCUCUGCAUAUCUUUUGUUUUUAUUAUCCAACAUUUUAGUCUUUCUCUCGCCAAAUAACCUCAUAGUGUCGACAUGUUUCUCCAGAAUGAUGAAGAGCUUAAUAAUUUGGUAACUAAAAUCUGUGAUCUGUACGAGCAAAUCUCAAGCCUCGAGAGUCUCAAGCCCUCCAAAGAUGUCGACACUCUCUUCACCCAAUUAGUCCUCGCAUGUAUACCACCUUGCCCAAAUAUUGAUAUUGACAACCUUCCCAAAAGGGUUCAAAACAUUAGGUCUAAACUUAUUAGGCUCUGUGGUCAGGCCGAGGGACUUUUGGAGGCUCAUUUCUCAACCAUCCUAGCCUCGUACAAAAACCCACUUCACCAUCUCAACAUCUUUCCAUACUAUAACAAUUACCUCAAGCUAAGCCAUCUCGAGUACCAAAUCCUAAGCCAACACUUCAAUCAAGAGCCUAAACAAAUUGCUUUCGUGGGUUCUGGUCCCCUGCCUCUUACCUCCAUUGUAUUGGCCUCAAAUCACCUCACCAAAACCUAUUUCCAUAACUAUGACAUCGACGCUUCGGCCAACUCCAAGGCUCAUGCCUUGGUAUCCUCGGAUUCUGACCUCUCCACACGGAUGGUCUUUAAAACGACUGAUGUCAUGGAUGUUACUACGGAGCUGAGAGAGUAUGAUGUUGUUUUCUUGGCUGCUCUUGUUGGCAUGGACAAGGAGGAGAAAGUCAAAGUGAUUGAGCAUUUGGAUAAGUACAUGGCUCCAGGGUCUCUUCUGAUGCUUAGGAGUGCUCAUGGUGCUCGAGCUUUCUUGUACCCCGUUGUUGAUACCGAUUGUGAUCUCCAAGGGUUUGAGCUCCUCUCUGUGUUUCAUCCCACUGAUGAAGUAAUCAACUCAGUUGUUAUAGCUCGCAAGUACUAUGAUCCAAUGAUGCUGCCAGGUGUCAACUCCCCAUCGAUUGAUCAGCAGCAGGCUCCGGCUGGAAUCAAUACGGGCUGCCCCAUAAUACUUCCCCAUAAGUGCUCUCAUGAGAUUGAAGCUUUUAAUCCUCUCAAUAUUCAUGGGAACAUGAUUGAGGAACUGGGGUUUGAGGAGAAACUUUCGUGAAGUACUACUUCUACUUCUAGUAGUAGCAGUACUAUAUAUAUACACUACUGGUGAUAAUCUUUGUUCUCAUAUGAUCAAUCUUUCUCAAUCGGUCAGGUUCAUGUGAUCAUGAUUAUCGUUAUAUAUAUAUAUAUAUUUAUAUGAUGGUUUGUUUUGUGUCGUCCAAUUAUUCUGUUCCUUCCUAUAAUAUGUGUUGGAUCAUGCAUAUCUAACAUAUUUAAUUGGUAUACUAGCAGCUAGCUAAUGUGUUCCUAUAUAUUUUGGAUCAAAAUAUGGUAACAUGUUAAAAAUGGGCUCUCCGUAUAUCUAGCUUGUGGCUAUGCGUAUGUAUAUCUCUAAUAAUUUGUUCAUCUCUAGUACUACCUAGCUAGAUUUGAUGUGUAACGUAUCAUGCUGAAUAUCUUUUUCUUUUCUCCUCAUGUACUAUAGCUCUUUCAAGUUAUGUGUAUUAAUUCAAAAUAUAUAGUGAUAACUCUUUCAAGUUGUGCAUUAAUUCAAAAUAUAUAGUGAACAAGACUCUAUCUCUUCUUUA